AUGCAAGCCACCGCAGAGCACAAGCCCUUGAGAGAAAUUGUUCUCUCGCCAGAGGCCGCUUUGAAUAUGUUCGUAUCUCCCACUUUCCGGGUCACUAAAAGUUGCUGGACGCGACACAAGCAAACGGAGUUACGAGCCCUGGUUUCAGAACUGGCUGCGUACAACGAAGAUCUCCUGAGACUGUUACGACGUAACCAGGAUAUGGAGAUUGCUCAGAAGCUCAUCCUAGAUGUUCUCGAUGCCGCAACCCAUACGUUUAGACCGGGAAACCCUAAGGCUGCGAGUAUAAUCGAGCUGCGUGAGAUAAACGAACGCAAUAUCUGCGAAGAAAUGUUGGAAUCCGAGACAGGCUCUAUCGAAAAUACUAUAGCCUCUUCAUCAUCAAACCCUCCGCCCGCGGCAGUUGAAAAUAAUUUGGAGAUCCCCAUUUCCUGUUUCCAAGGCUUUGAGACGCCAAAGAUCCCCCGAGUGGUUAUUGAUUGUACAUCGCCUGAGAGCAACAUUGCAAGGUCUCCGCUUACCCGGUAUCGUUAUGUUUACAAUUCAGAGAAGUCCUGGAGUGAAGAACUUGUCUUUGUAGAAUGGCGGUUGCGCAAGCACGGUGUCCGGAGCACAUUUGACGAAGAAGCCCAAACGCAGCGAUACAGUUACUUCGUUCGACUUCUACAACGGACUUCUAGGAUUGAUCCCGGACUCUGCACGCUACCCUGUUUGGUCUAUAGUUUAGCGACAGGUCAGCUACCUGAUGGUAAAAAAUGCCCUAUUGUGGGAUAUGUUUUCAAAUUCCCAAAACACGCCAAUAGUACGGCCCGACUAUUGACACUCGAUGACAAAAUCGCGUCCUGCCCCGGAAUCCUCGCUUCACCAAGUCCAAACUUCGAGAGCCGUUUUUGUCUUUCACAAAAACUCACCCUUGCACUGUUACAGCUGCACAUUGCUGGGUGGAAGCACAGGCAGCUCUCCAGUAGCAACAUCAUCUUUUUCCGGAAUGAGGGAGAUCAAUGGGACGACCUCAGCAAACCGUACAUUAGCGCCUGGCAGUGCCUUUCGGACGACUAUAGAAUGCAGGGCGACAAUACGGACAUUGAUAUGAAGUCAAUUCGAUUUUGGAAAGGCGAAGGUCUGAAAAGUCUUGCAGUCAUAUUGAUGCAGAUUGGACUUUGGUAA